UAAAAACUUAAUAAAUUUUAUCAAUACUUUUUUACAAUUAAUUAACAAUCGAACAUUUUCACUUAAUGACCAUUAUAAUUUUUUAAUUCCAUUUUCAUUGCACACAAAUUAUUUUAGUUUUCUAGAUUAAUCACAUUUAAUAGAUAUCUUCCAGACCCUAUAAUGCGAACAAUUUUAGAAUAAAUAGAAUUUUUCUAAUAAUAAAAAAAAUUGUUAUUAAGUAAGUGCCUGAAUUCAAACUAUUUGACGCAAACUUUAGUUGAUUAUUCAAUCACUACAGAAUUUAACUAUUGAUGAAGAAAUUGAAAUUGACCACGUAUAAUUCAAUUAAAGAUACCUACCUACUAAUUAAUUAUUGUGCGCUUUCAAUUGCAAGAAAUAAUAGAAUUUCAAUUUUGAUUUGUCUAUUAGAAAUCGAUAAACUUAUAAAUUUUUGCUGGUCAAAUUGAGAACAUAGAUAUUAAACUGGAGAAGUUUGAGCGUAAACUAAAAAACCUUUUGCAACGUAAAUGAAAUCUAACAAUAAAUAUUAGAAUAUAAAGUAGCAAAUUGAAAAUAAUAAUUCUGAAAUAAAAUUUAAUAUAAACUCAAUAAAAUACAUAACACAUUUUUAUAAUAAUUAUGUAGGUAAUUAAAACACAAUAUCACAGAAUGCAAACACUUAUCUAGAACAAAAUUAUGCUGUGCCCAAAAUAAUAUAUAAUUAACAAAAAAGUAAAAACAUAAAAAGUUUAACUUAGAACAAUAAAAGUAGCUGCAAAAAUACUGGUUGUGCACCCUUUUUGGUAUAUAAAUUUAAUACUUAAAAUUACAUCUUACUAUACAAGAAGGCUUGUGAUAUUUACAUUAAAAAAAAUUACAACGAUAGAUACAAGUUAUAGGAAUGUCUCUUGGAUCUUAUUAGUAGAAACGGAAUUAGGCCAUUAUCAAAAUGAAAAGUUUCAACAUGUCGAUAACAAUAAAAUUGUUGCCAUAAGUGAAUUUUGCGAAUUUAUAGAGAGAGAAAAUUGUACCAGUUAUACCUAAAAAAGAAAUAUGUAGUUCUUAAUUAUUUACAAAGUCUAUGAUAUUACAUACAUAUAUUAACAAAAUGUUGCUACACAAUAAUUAAGACUAAAUAACAAAUUUGGGUUUUUUAGUGUUUUGUUUUUUCUAAAAGGGACGCUACAAAAACAAAAUAUCCGCCUAUGUAAAAUGGUCUCUAUAAAACCAAAAAUGGUUAGGCAUAAUAGAAAUAAUAAAAUUGGAUAUAAUUACUUAUAAAAUUAAGUAGGUAUAAGCCAAUUUCUUAUUUAAAAUUUAUUUAAAGCAUAAAAAUUAAACUAAGUAUCGAUAAAACUUAAUUUUUCUCAUAAAAAGCUUCUAUAAUUAUUAUCCUAAAACGUAGGAAUUGAAUUACCGAGGACAAUCUAUACACAACCCUGAAAAUUCCAUUUCGUAACUAUAAAGGGACAUCGAUUUUUUUCUGACUCACUUUUUAAAUUUUUUGGAUUGUCAUAAGACAGAGACAAUAAGAAUAACGUUUUUUUAAAUCUUAAUCUAGUAAUUUUUACGGGAAAUAAUUUCAUCAGCUAGUGUUGAAUUUAUUCUUCGAAAUUUGAGUCUAUAGAAAGAAAAAAAAGGCAUUGCAGGCAUUGCCUUAGGAAGCUCGACUUUAAAAAUUUUAGACAGGAAUGUCAAAAAACGUCAAAAAUGUAGUUUUAGGAAAUUUUCAACAUCAGUGUUUGUUUUUGCAUGGAAGUCGGUGGUGGAAAUCGUUUUGAUUAUAUACCUACAUUCACCUCUUUGACUCGAAAAAUGCAUUUGUCGUGAAUAUUCAAUGCCUUUCAUGAGUAGUUUAAUGUCUAGCGAUAAACAAUUCAAAGAUAAGGUUUUGGCUUUAGAGAGUCAAAUUCAGCAGUUAAAAGCUGCCAUAAAUACAUUGAACCAGGACAGGGACAAAAAAGAGGUAGCUAUAGCAAGCCUGGCAAGGGAAAAAGCAGAAGUUACGAUUGAAUUACUAAAGCAAAGAAAAUCGAAUCAAACUCUUCUCAAACAACUCGAAGACGAAAGAAAAUUUUACUUUAAAGAAAAAGAAAUAUAUUGUCAAGAGAUUAAUCAAUUUAAAAAAUUAAAGCAAGCGUUAAGUGAUACCACACAAAACCAUCCCCUUGUAAACGAAGCGGCAGUAGAACCAUACAAAAAGGAAACAGAAAAGAUUAAAGGCACCCUCAAUAAAGUAUUGGAAGCAAAUUAUAACAUAGGCAUCAAAUUUUUAAGAAUGAAAAAUACUAACAGUUCUUUGAAAGAUGAGCUUAAAAGUAUAAAAUUGGAUCAUAAAAAAUGUUCCAACGACUACAAAAUCAAAAUAGACCAACUAACAGAUAAAUUAAAUGAAUUAUUAGUACAAGAUCACCUGAAUACACCAAGUAGCAGUAGUAAUAAAAAAUAUUUACAUUUGGUGAAACAAAAUAGUUGCCUCGUGCAUGAAAAUCUCAAUCUACAGCUUCAAGUGGACAAUUUAAACUCGAAAUGUCAAAAACUUAAUUUAGAAAAAACCAACAGCCGAUUGACGAAUUAUAUUAAACAUGAAAAUCCCAAGAGAGUGAGGAAAACAGGAACCAAUGAGGCAUCGAGAAGCGCCGCCCCUUCUACUUUAACCAAUCAGGAGGAAAUUUUAAAAUUAUUCGAUUGUCAUAAUCUUCCUGGAGUUUCUGAUGUUAGUGAUUAUAAUUCGUCGAAAUCUACGCAGAAAAGCCUCGGAAAAGUUUCAGGAAAAAAAAGGUUUCAAGCUACUGGUAACUCGUCUUUGGGCUCAGUUACCAGUAGAAAUUUGGUCAGAGUAAACUCGUCUCCGGAAUUAUCAAAAGCAAAUUCGUUUUAAAAUAGAAAUUAUUGUGAAUUUUUAGUAGUUAUACGUACGUAAAGAGGUAUUCCUAGGAAAUAAAUCUGUAUGCAAAAUAUAUCCCUAUUAUGUUAAACUUUUCAUCAACAUUACCAAGAUUUGUGAUUCCUUGCUGAAACAAAUAUCAUCAUCAUUCAUUCACAACCUAAACAAAUUCAGCAUUUCUCCACGACUUGGUCGUACAAAUUCCAGGCCCUCGCCACCAAUCGUUGACGUCCUCGUAGUGUCUAGGAACUUGAGGCGAGUGCAGCAUGGCGCACAGUCGGCACCAGAAGUAAGUGUUGAUGAAUUCACCGGUGCCUUUCCAUUUGAAGUAGGAAUUGUACAGGGUGUUGUCGUUGUCUAGCCGAUGGAGGUAGGCUGCCAGUUCUUCUGGACCGGAAAACUCGUCGAC